AUAAAUAAAAUAAGAAUAAAAAUUUUUUUGCGAAAGUAUACCAGAUUAAUUCAUCAAAAAUGAAUGAAGUACACUUAAACUAUACAUUUCAAUGUCCUUUGAGAAUAUUGAAAUAUAUUGAUGGAGUUUUGUCCUCUAAGCUGGAUGGUUUGAUCACAGAGCUUACUUCAUUCUUCUGGACGACAUAUUGAAAUAUAUUUAAAGUAAUUUCUUCUUUCAUUGAUUCGAUUUCUAUUUAUUUUUUAAGAAUUGAGAAAAAACUACACACACACACACACACAUCAACUUAUCUUCUCUCUUUUCAUAUAGAUUAUAAAACAAUUAAAAGAAAAGAAUGAAUGCAUUUGUAAAAUUACAGCGAAUGAAUAGAAUUUCUUUGAAAAAGCUUAAAUCAGAUAACUAGGUGAAACAUUGAAUUUACUUCAAAUUUAUACAAUAAGAUUUUAUAAAUGCAUUUAUCCUCCACUUGAUGUUGUUUGGCUUGUAUCUUCCCACUGAGGUUUAAGACUGCAAUUGAUCAGUAUGUUAUUGGCAUAUGUGCAUACUGUACGUAUGCCUCGAUAUUACCUUAAUUCACAAACUUUCUGUAAGCAAUGAUGGAUAGUGGCUAGCAGUGGAAUCCAGGAUGCGCGUUUCGUCCUUUUUGGGACUCGUCAGCUGGAUGUACCUGCAUAUCAGAGUUGAUGUCCACUCUGGGACUCAAACCCAGUACCAUUCGCUUCAAACGCCAUCGCGUUACCACUCAGCUACUGAGUCUUGAUAGCCACUUGCUUGUGCAAUGGGGUGAAUUUAAAUUCACUUGGUAUUGUUUGGCUUGUAUCUUCCCAUUGAGAUUUAAGCCUGCAAUUAUUAUUCAGUAAAACAAACAAAUAAACAAUUCCAACAAAAUUAAUAACUAAUUUCACUAAGUAACUUUUUCACCACAACCGAAUAGUAAUUUGCUGAUAAUUCGAUUGGAAAAAUAGAAAAAUAAUCAACUUUUAUUAUUCAAUAAGAAAAGUUGAUUAAUUUAAUAUUGUUGUUAAGCAUUGUUGUUAUUAUUACUAUGUUUAAUUUAAUAAGACUAUUUUACUAGUCAAAUUACUAAUCAAUACUACUUCUGAAAUAACUCCUCCUGUAGCCCUUCAAGGGUUACUGCCAGUUAUAAUUCCGGGUAAAAAAAAGCAGGAUUAGGCACAGAGUAAGCAAAUUUAUACCGUAAAAAAUAACCUCGCUAAAAUAAACAAUUUGAACUAUAUAAACUCUGCUCUGAGAGUUCAACGGUCUUCAUUUAGAAGAACUAUGAUGUUUCAUGAUGAAAGUCGAGAUUCUUCGGACGUCAUAAUGUUGAUAUCCUUUCUGCAAACCAGAGCAACAAUUAUUAUAAGUACAUGAAAUGUUCGGACAAUGUACGAGACUAGGAGGACCAAUCAAAUAGCUAUGGAAAUAAGAUACAACUUGGCGGUUCUCGGAGUAAGUAAAGUAACUAAGUAAGCUUUAUCAAUAAUGUUUACAUUUAGAUACACUGUUAAAGUGAACCUUGAGAUUUUUACAAUUUACAUAUAAUAUACAGAGUUCACUUGAUGAACAUUAAGAUGAUGAUGAACACUAAGAAACAUAAAAAUCAUAAAAAAUAUUAGAGAUUAAUUGUGCUUGACGUAGGUAAUAGUCAUUUGAUACUUUCAAUUAAAAAUGAUUAGAUAUUCAUUCUAAAUUGGAUUCAUAAACAUACCAUAUGAAUUGAAAUGAUUAAUCAACAGAAAUAUCUAAAUUUCAAGCCGAAUACACUUAAUAAAAUAUGAAUUUACAACCGUUAAUGGAGCAAGCUCUUGGAAUUGAAAUUAAAAUGCCUGAUGUGUACUAUGAUACGAAAUCUGGCUAUACGUAUCUAUCAGUAUAAUAAUAUCAACCGGAACAAAAUUAGCUAUCCUAGUGUUUGAUAAAUGAUUGUAUUAUAUUAAUGUUCUGUUAAUGGUUACGUAAUGUAUGAGCUAAAAUGACUGAUGCAAAAGAAUAAAAGCGAAGUGACUACAAACUGAAUUAUUUAAAUGUUAGAUGUAAUUAGUUAAAUUACAUAAUCUAAUCAUUAACUUUCAUAAUUACGUCAAAUGUAUAUACAUUUAGAUUGUCUAAACAAGUUAUCUAUACUGUAGUAAAACAGAAUAACUAGAAUGCCAAUGAAUUAUGAUUGUAUUUCCGAAUUCUGAGGAUAGCCGUAUUCACUUGUAAGACAUUUUAUUAUAUUAAAAUGGAAUGAAGUAACAAUUAAAAUAAAACAAUGAUUUUUCAUUCAACAAUCUAUGGUGGAAUUUUCCUAAAAUAUUCUAAACCUUUUUAUAACUACACAUUUUCUUAAACACCCAUAUAUUAUAUUUUCUGUCCAGAGUUUUAAUGAAUGCAGUGAAACUAUCAUCCCUAUUCAUAAUAAAAUAUAAAUACAUCAUUCAUUUAAGGUCAUUAGCAUGGAUACAAUACACUUUUAGUUCAGUGGGGUAAAGUUAGAUUAAAAUGGAAUGAACGAUCCAAAAUUUCUAUAGUUAAUGCUGUAAACAUAUUUAUUGAUUUCUGAAAAUAUUAUUUUCAGUUUAUAAUCACUAAUCCAUCCAAGAACAAUGUUUAAUAUGAAUUCUAGAUACAGUUUCGCUCCUGAGUGUAUUGAUUAUGUUAAUUAUGUGUUAUAUUUACAAAAAGAUACUGUUCAAAUCAUUUGGCAUAUAACAAAAAAGUAUCUUUACUACAACGAAGAAAACUAUUUCAUUUAAGACUAAUGAUAAGAUAAUACAUUCAUUGAGAAUUGGAAAUGAAGUAGUGUCGAAGUCAUAUUAAGGACUGUCAUCAAUCUUUAAAAUCAUACCAAAAAUAAAUUACUUUUAUUUAAGUUUUUCAUUGUACUUUUUUUUCUGACUCAGUUGUAUUAUAUUCAUUCAGUCAUUUACAUAUUACAGUCUCGUUAGAAAUGCUGAACAGAAAUAAAGUCAUCCGACAAGUAAUUAGUUUGUAUAGAAACACAAAAUAAAUCACACUUGUACAACCGUUACAGGAUAAAUACGGUUAUCCUACAACUAAACAAUUAGAACCACUUACUACUUAUGAGAGAGUUAACUCAAACAUUUAGGCAACUAUGUACGAGUGUCAUAAUUGCCGAAGUAGUAUAUCAUUACAUUUAAAUAAUUUUCAGUAAGUAGUAAUAAUAAGUUCAUUGUUUAUUCAUGUUCAGUGUAUUUCUCUGAUAAAGUGAUAGAAUAUCAUAAGAAUACAUCACUUUGAGAAAAAUAUAUCGCCACUAUGCAUGCGUAAAGCUUUGAGUAGAUGUAACAAUAGAGAUUAUGAAACCAUUGCUUAUAAUGAAAUGUUUAGAAAAACAUUUUAAAAAUGUGACACUAGUUUUCAGAUAAUGGAUUUAUUAUCAGAAUGGGAAUUUAUGGAGACUGGUAAUUUUAACCAUUAAAUUCAUGAGUCGAUCUAAACCAGACCACCAUUGAAAAUCAGAAGCACUGGAUGGCUGUUUCGUCAAUGGUGGUCUAGUUUGAAUCGACUUAUGAAUUCAACUAUUAAAAUAGAAUUAUUGUUGAAAAAUUCCCACAUUAAAAUACAGAUAUAUGAAUCAAGAAUUUUCCUUUCAAUAAAUUUGCCACAGUUUCUACAAUUAUUUAUCCAAACUACUAAUACAAAAUGUGGUUAAUUUUAAGACCCUUGUAUCGUUGAAAAUUAGAGCAUUUGAAUUCAAGAUUGUUUGUAAAAUAACAUAGAACUGUUAAUGGUGAGAUGAAUAAUAUAAAAUGUUAACUUAUAUAAGUUUAUAUAAUAGAUGGAAGUAAGGUCUGAUAAGAAACUAAUUGAAGAAAAUAUUGUUCACCCAUAUAUGUUGUGAAAUGAAAUUGUCAGAUUAAUGAUCAAAGUACAUAAGGGUUACAUGGAGUGAGAGAUAAUAAUUUGAUUUCAAAUUAAAAUAACAUAAUAUGUGGAAUAAUAAAUACGGGUGGAUACUAAAGAAAUUACUCAUAAUAUUUGCAAUAGUCAUAAUAAUAAUAAUAAUAAUGAGAAUAAUAACAAUACAAAUAAUGAUAAUCGUAAUAACAGUGUGUAAAUCCUGAAUUCACAUGCAAUCAUUCUAAACGAUCUAAUUGCCUUAAAGCUGGUUACUAUGCGGAUUAUUAAUUUGGAUAUAUAAAAGUAGAAUCUGAAGAGAAUUUAUUAGAAACAUUAUUCUUGAUUCAUCAUAUAUCUGAGUUUUAAUAUGACUAUCGUAAAUCUACAUCAGUGCACAAUCUGUCAUUACAUGCAAUAACUAGAUGAUGAAAAAGUAGUGGAAUUAUAUCUUAUACUCAAAUGUUUGUACUUAUUUUAACACAGGAUAAUUGUAUGAGAAAUCUGUCAAAUUCUCUAUUAAAAUAAAAUAACAGGCGAUUAUCAGUAAUUGCUAACUAAACUGUCAGUACACUAAAAUAUAUGUUGGUAGAUGUUAUCAAUGGAAUUAUUGGCUAUAAAAAAAAAUCACAUAUAAUUACAAAUUUAAAUGCUCUUCUCAUUAUAAAGUAUUAUCAGUCAACUGCUUAUUAAAAACUAAAAUAACAGUAGAUACACAUUUAGUUUUAGUUUUUUGACUCCUCUGUUGUGUAUACUCACAAUCUUAAAUGGACGAAAAUCCAAGAUAUUUAAGUUUUAUUACAAACAGUUGUUUUUCAGCAUUCACAUGAAACCUAUCAUUUAAAUAUAGUUCGGUACUGAACUUAAUUCAUCGGCCAAUCAAUUUCACUUACUAGUAAAUGAUAGUCUCCUUUCAUCAAAAAGAGCACUUAGUACUUGAAUUAAUAAACAAUUGAAAACAGUUAGUAUAUAUUGUAUUUUGUUACGAGAAGCGAAAGCAGAUAUCAAGUGGCUAAUAUUAUACAGAAUAGGAUAGUGAUUGGAAUUCAUGAAAACCUUGCUGAAUUCUUGCCUGUCUCUCCAUAGUAUAUAUUCUAAAAGACUGACGUUUUCUCGGAAGAAAGUUCUAGAUAAUCAUUUCUAGCCUCAAAUACUAUAAUAUAAUGUGAAGUUAUGAGAAAAGGCGGAUGAUUCUGUGAAAAUUACAAUACAGAUCAAAGUUAAAUACACUUGGUGUUGUUACCUUGUAUCUUUCGAUUGUUGUUUAGGACUGCAAUUUAUCAGUCUCUUGUUGGCAUAUGUGCAUUCUGUGUGAAUUGCCUCGAUAUUUCCUUAAGUCACAAGCUUUACAAGCAAAGAUAGAUGGUAGUUAGCAAUUGAAUCCAGGACGGGCGUUUCGUUAUAUUUUGAAGUUGUUUAGUUCAUUUAUACGGAUUCACAUGAGAAAUGAAAAUCGACUGAAAGACGUUCAAUACUACAAUAAAUUCAUAUCUCACACUAUGGCAAGUAGGUAUGCCGUCUAACCAUAAAUUGUAAUAAUGAAUAUUAAAGAAAUAAGAAAAUAUUCAUUCUAGUUUUUUCUUCUGUACUCACAAAUAUCUAAGCAAUCAACUGAUUCAAGUAGAUUUUUUAAGGAACCAAAUAAAUUCAUUCUAUUUACUAAUAGUUAUUGAAGCGUAACGAUCAAUUAUGCAUGAUAAAGAGUAAACAGAGUGGACAAUCAUAUGUCCAAUUAAUAAAUAAUAAGAGGUUCUAUAAGAUCGUCAAACCAUAAAUCUUUUUUGGUAACCAAUUAUUAAAUUUGUAUGAUUAGGAAAAAUAUUAGAACUACCUAUCAUUGUCUGAUUUUUUUUCCAAACAAUCGUGCCAAAAUAAUACGCUUAGAUAUUUACCAAGACAAAUUUAUUUCUUAAUAUUUGUAUCUAAACAAUUAGCGAAUCUUCGCAACUAUUUCCCAUUGUUUUCAGUCGAUAACUAUCUUACAUCUGAUAUAGUUGGACGUCACUGGUCACCGUUUCUCAAUAAAACUUUUUUAAUUAUCCCUGGAGGUUAGUCACUCAUGAGCAUAAUACUGAAAAAUCCCAUACUAGGACGAAGCAUAUGUCCAAUGCUUCCUAGUUUUCAAUGGCUGUCCCAUUCUUCACACAAAAAUAAAUGCUAUACAAAUUACAGGGAAUUAAUAAAAAUAUAAACAGACACACAUAAGGUGAGCACAAGUGAAUGAGCACACGACAUAGCUAACAAGGUCACAGAUAACAAAGUACAUAGAAAGGUCACAAAAUAUGUGACCAGGUUAAAACAACACUUUAUUGUUAAGCAAAAACAGGCUAGAUUCGAACCAAGGACCUAUCAGUCUCGCGGGGGCGGGAUCGUGGAUGCGCAGUGCCGAGGAGUCCCACAAUAAGAGGGAACGGCCGUCUACUGCUUCCAGGUUUUCCAUGGUGGUCUAGCUUCAGCUGACUCAUGAUUUCAAUCUGUGAAAUUUCUAAAAUCUCCACAAAAGGACCUCACAAUUCUGAUGGGAGAUCUAAAUGCCAAAGUCGGAAUAGACAACACCGGAUAUGAAGAUAUUAUGGGACGACAUGGACUGGGUGAGAGAAACGAAAAUGGAGAAAGAUUUGCAAAUUUGUGUGCAUUCAACAAAUUAGUCAUAGGAGGCACAAUAUUUCCACACAAACGUAUACACAAGGCUACAUGGAUCUCACCGGACCACACUACAGAGAACCAAAUAGACCAUAUUUGCAUCAACAAGAAAUUCCGAAGGACAAUGGAAGAUGUGAGAAUCAGGAGAGGUGCUGACGUAGCUUCAGAUCACCACCUAGUUGUAGCCAAUUUAAAACUGAAGCUAAAAAAGAACUGGACAAGUGGACAAACAGCAAUACAAAGGUUCAAUACAGCCUUCCUUCGAGAUACUGACAAACUCAAUGAAUUCAAGAUAGCUCUCAACAACAGGUUCCAAGCCUUACGGGAUCUACUGAAAGAAGAAGAAACUACUAUGGAGGACAACUGGAAAGGCAUCAAGGAAGCAUUAACUUCAACGUGUCAAGAGGUUCUCGGUCUAAAGAAAUACCAUCAUAAGGAAUGGAUCUCUACAGAAACACUGGACAGGAUCAAAGAAAGGAAGAACAAGAAG